AUGGAUGUAGAGCUGCAGGAGUUGAGGGAGCUGGUGGCGCAGUUAAAGGUGGACAAUGAGAGGUUGCGGCAGGAGCAGGCUGUGGCCGUGCCUGAUCCUACUUCGGAAUCCUCCACUUCUUCUGUGCCACCUGUGGCCCCUGUUACUACUAGGAACCCCAUAGCAGAGAGGCUGGUUUUUGUGCCAAGGGAUAGAAAGUGUCCUAUGUUCAGGGGAAAAUCAGGGAUGGGGUUGAAUGAGUGGCUUGAGGAGGUUCAAGCCUGCAUGCGGGCGCGUCACUUAUCCACAUCUGAGCAAGCCUUUUUCUUGUUUGAUCAUCUUGAGGGUGAGGCUCGAGAGGAGAUCAAAUAUCGGUCUGUUGUGGAGAGGGAAGACUCAGCUAAAAUCAUCUCUGUAUUACAGGAACUGUAUGGGUGCUCAAAGUCUUAUGUAGCCUUACAGGAGGCGUUCUUCUCCCGACGGCAACAAGAAGGGGAGACACUGCAUGAGUUCUCCCUCGCGUUGUUGAGCUUGAUGGCGUCGGUGAAAGGAAGUGCACCUGGUGGGAUGACGAAUGCAGACGUUUUGCUGCGCGACCAAUUUGUCGAGCAUGUUUUGGACGGUGCCUUGCGUCGCGAGCUGAAGCAGUUGGUCAGGAGGCAGGCUACUGCUACUUUACUUGAUGUACGGGGUGAGGCGAUCCGGUGGGAGCGGGAGGGUUUCCCUGGGGGCGGGAGGGGUCGGAGUCAUUCCGUCCCGUCAGCUUUUGGUCUCCAGUACGGGGUACAGAGUGGCUCCCAGGGAGCAACCACUUCACCUCAGGGACAGGAAAUGGUGGAGAUGAGAGAGAUGUUAAGGUUGCAGCAAGAACAGCUGAACCAACUUACCCAGAGCAUCGCCACAUUUCAGCCCUCUCAUCUGCGCCGCCCUCCACCUCGUCGUGGCCCUGUUAUAUGCCGGCGCUGCCAACAGCCAGGCCCAGGAGCCGGAAAACUAGCACCCGCCGAACUGCAGAGCCACAGUUCGGGGGGGGUAGCCACUGGCUCGGAGGAAGUUCUUGAGCUGAUGUCGUCUUGCCCCCAUGUUGCCGUGGACAUGGGUGGAGCUCAGGUUCUUUGCUUGGUAGACACCGGUUCCAUGGUGUCUACAGUUACAGAAAGCUUUUUCCUGCAACACUUCCAGCCUUGGGGGCAUGAGAGGCUACAAGCUUGUAAUUGGCUGAAGCUCAGAGCAGCCAAUGGGUUAGACAUCCCCUAUGUUGGCUACCUGGAGUUAGAUGUCGAGCUCUGUGGCACUUCGGUGCCGCGGUGUGGGGUUUUGGUGGUGAAAGAUCCUCCGGGAGCGGUGUCUGCUCAGGUUCCGGGUAUUCUGGGGAUGAACAUUAUUCAUCGAUGUUAUCAGGUGCUCUUUGGACAGCAUGGUCUGGCUUUGUUCAAUUCGCUCUCUGUAUCAGAUGCACCAGAGACAGUUACGCAGGCACUACAGAAGUGUCAUCAGGCCAGCAGGCAAGCCCCUCAGCACGCAGCAGGCCAGGUCAAGGUUCGGGGUGGGAAGGCAUGCCGCAUCCAUGGUGGUACGAUGACAAUAGUUACAGCAACAUGCUCCGAGCAGUACUCGGGUACUAGGGUGUUGUUUGAGCCUUCGGAGUCUGGCCUACCUGCUGGGCUGCUUGCUUCACCUGCUUUGGUUCGGGUAGUACGAGGCACUGCGUACAUCCCGAUCGUAAAUGUUGGCUCCACUAGUGUUUUGCUGUACCCUCGCACUGUGGUGGGCACCUUGGAUGAAGUCCGGGUUGUCAGCAUGCCUGCAGGAGUCACCGAGACCCCAACAGAAGUCGCCACCGUGGCUUCCCAGGCCACGUCUGAAGUCGUGCCAGAUCGAAUUGGGGCUCUGGACUUGUCAGCCUUACCAACUGAAGAUCAGGGUAAGGUUCAGUCCCUUCUUAGGCAGUACAGCUCUGUCUUUUCCUCCCAUGAGGGAGAUCUGGGAUGCACCAACCUGAUCAGCCAUGACAUCCCGCUCUUAGACAAAGUGCCUGUCAGGCAACGCCAUAGGCGCAUCCCGCCGUCCGAGUACGAGGUGGUUAAGGAGCAUAUUAACCAACUGCUUGAAAAUCAAAUCAUCAGAGAGAGUAGCAGUCCUUAUGCUUCCCCAAUUGUCCUUGUGAAAAAGAAAGACGGCAGUUUACGCAUGUGCGUGGACUACCGCCAGCUUAACAACAAAACGCGGAAGGAUGCUUUUCCCCUUCCACGCAUCGAGGAAUCUUUGGACGCCCUGACAGGUGCCCGCUGGUUCUCUACUCUUGACUUGGCCAGCGGGUACAACCAGGUCCCGGUCACAGAAGCAGACAGGCCCAAAACCGCCUUUUGCACCCCAUUCGGCUUAUUCGAAUGGAACCGCAUGCCCUUUGGGCUUUGCAACGCCCCCAGCACUUUCCAGAGGCUGAUGCAGCGAAUGUUCGGUGACCAACAAUGUCAAUCGUUGCUCCUGUAUCUGGAUGACAUCAUAGUCUUCUCUUCCACGGUGGAACAACACCUGGAGCGGCUGGAGAUUGUACUGGGACGGUUGCAGGAACAAGGCCUGAAGGCUAAGCUAAGCAAAUGCGCGUUCUUCCAGCCGGAGGUGCGGUACUUGGGCCAUGUGGUCUCUGAUCAGGGAGUCUCCACCGAUCCCAGCAAGCAAGAGGUAGUUGCCAACUGGCAGCCUCCCACCACCAUCGCUGACCUACGCUCAUUCCUUGGUUUCGCCAGCUAUUACCGCCGCUUUGUGGAGGGGUUUGCCAAGUUGGCGGCCCCUCUACACAAGCUGGUAGCAGAACUAGCUGGUAGGAAGUCUAGGGGUGUGGUGCGAAUAGUGGCGGAGCAUUGGUCGGAUGAGUGCCAUCGCAAUUUUGAAGCGUUGAAGACCAAACUUACCACUGCACCUCUGCUCGCCUACGCCGACUUCUCCUUACCGUUCAUCCUGGAGGUUGAUGCGAGCUAUGGUGGCCUUGGAGCUGUGCUCUCCCAGGAACAGAAUGGGAAGGUCAGACCUAUAGCUUAUGCUAGCAGGGGGUUGAGGCCCACAGAGCGAAAUAUGUCGAACUACAGCUCCAUGAAAUUGGAGUUUUUAGCUCUCAAGUGGGCUAUGUCAGAAAAAUUCCGGGAGUACUUGCUUGGUUAUAAAUGCAUUGUGUACACCGACAAUAAUCCCCUCAGUCACUUGUUUUCUGCCAAACUCGGUGCCACCGAACAGCGUUGGGCAGCACAAUUGGCAGCUUUUGAUUUUGAAAUAAAGUACCGCUCUGGGAGGAGUAAUAAAAAUGCUGACGCUUUAUCUCGGAAGCAUCCACCUGGGCCAAAUAACCUAGAGGAGAUGUUUCCUGGUACCUCAGUUCCUGAGCCCUUGCGGCAGGUCCUGCAGCGUGAAACCACUCCCGCCAAUCAAGCUGCUAUUGCUGCUUUGCCCCAUCAUGCACCUUCUGACCUCCAGGCACUUCAACAAGCUGAUCCUGUCCUUCAGGAGGUUUUAGCAUUCUGGGGGCGGCAGCAGACUCCCAAUUAUCAGGAGCGGAAACACUUGUCUCCUCCUGCACGGACCAUUAUAGGUCAGUGGAACCGGCUGGUUGAGCAGGAGGGUGUUCUCUUCCGGCGCAUCUUCCGUCCUGAUGGCGCCGAAGCGGUGCUUCAGCUUCUGCUGCCUGCCACGUUAAAGCAAGAGGUGCUGUCUCAGGUUCAUCAAGGGCAUGGGCAUCAGGGUGUGGAGAGGACAUUGGAGCUAGUGCGGCAAAGGUGCUACUGGCCAGGUAUGUCCUCAGAGGUGGCACAGUGGUGCAGAGAGUGUGAGAGGUGUCAAGUUGCUAAGGACACACCCAGACCGCCUCCCAGUUUCAUGGGGCAUUUGUUGGCUUCGCGUCCCAAUGAAAUCUUGGCCAUUGAUUUUACCUUGCUGGAACCCAGCCACAACGGGUUGGAGAAUGUCUUAGUCAUGACAGACGUUUUCAGUAAAUACACCUUGGCUGUUCCUACCCGAGAUCAACGAGCCCCAGUUGUUGCUCAGACUUUGGUCUCUGAGUGGUUUUAUAAGUUUGGCGUUCCUGCCCGUAUCCAUUCUGAUCAGGGCCGCAACUUUGAAAGUUCCCUCAUUCAACAGCUCUGUGUACUUUACGGUGUUGAAAAAUCUCGCACCACUCCAUACCAUCCCGCCGGCAACGGCCAAUGCGAACGCUUUAAUCGCACUCUCCACAACUUAUUGCGUGCCUUUCCUGCAUCUCGGAAAAGAGAUUGGCACUCUUGCCUGCCACAGGUGCUCUACUCGUAUAACACCACUCCCCAUCAGUCCACCGGCGAGUCUCCAUUCUACCUGAUGUUCGGGCAAGAACCCAGGCUGCCGGUUGAUUUUCUCUUGGGUAGAGUCUCAGACCCUGUGGGUGGCGAGGUCCAUGAGUGGAUCCAAGAACAUCAAAACCGGCUCCAGCUUGCCUUUGACGGGGCCCGGGAAAGGUUGAAGGUGGCGGCAGAGCGCAGGAGGAGGAAUCAUGAUAAUCAGGUUCGGGAUGACCCACUAAAGGUGGGGCAGUUGGUGUGGCUGCGCGAUCAUAGUGCAAGGGGGCGCCACAAGAUACAAGAUCUGUGGGGCCCUGUGGUGUACCGAGUCGUAAAGGCACCCCGAGAAGGUGGUCCAGUGUACACCAUCGCACCGAUGGACGACCAGACCAAAGUUCGGCAGGUCCAUCGAACACUGUUGAAAGCCGUUGCUGGAGCUGCCCCUCAGGGUAGUGCAUUGCCCCAUUGUCCACCCCCUCUUGACCGGCCUCGGUCAGAGGAUGAGUUGCCGUUUGACGGAGACUUGUUUAUGUUGGGGCCGGAGACCCCUGUUGCUGCCCCUGCUCGCACAGCCGUGGUGACUCAAACCACCCCUCGGUUGCUGCUCCCACCACCUGACUCUGCUGGGUUAGAGUCGUCAAGCGCUCCCUCUACUGCAGUGGCAGAUCCACCCUCCGUUUCCCUGGCCGUUCCAUCCACCAGUUAUGCUGGUGAAAGUGAAGUACGCCGGUCAGCCAGGUCGAUGGCUGGCCAGCACCUAAACCUCUAUCACCUUCCGCGACCUGUAGGGAACUUGGCAUUUGGGGCUGCAAAUCCCCCUGGUCCAGUGUCAAAUGCCGUUACUGCGCUCUUUAGGCCGUGGAGUUAG